AUGUUCACAAGUGUUGAUAUCGGUUGGCCUGGAUCAGUGCGUGAUUCCAGAAUAUGGAGAAAUUCACAGACUAGAUCACAACUAAUAAAUAAAGCAAAUGGCGAUGGCGGUUAUGGUAUUCAGCCAUGCAUUAUGACUCUCUUCAGAAAUCCUACUCCAGGUGCAGAAAUAAAUUAUAAUAAGCUUUUAAAACAAGAAAGAGUUAUAAUUGAACGCUGUUUUGGCCAACUGAAACGCCGGUUUAAUAUCCUACAGUAUAUUUGCCGCGUGAAGUUGGAAAAUGUGCCGAAAAUAAUUAUUGCUUGUAUUGUACUCCAUAAUAUUGCGAAGAGCUUGGGCGAUCCUGACUUUAAGUUAGUUGAACAAGACCCAGAUGAAGAUGAAGGAAAUCAUGAGAAUGAAGAACUUCCUCUCCGCCAACUAGGUCAACAAAUAAGAAGGACACGUGAAUAUUAUAAUAAAUAG